CAGACUGUUUGAGAUUUCAGAACUCUCCAGACACUCCACGUCACCUUCCUCUUCCUCCCCUCUCUCGGCCAGCUUUAAAAGCCAGCAUCUCACAGGCGUGUGAUGGCAAAACCAAGAAAGCAUUAGUCUCGUAUUGCGCUCACUGCCUCUGAUAUCUCUCUCGCGUUCUCUCUGUUUCAUUGCAAAACUCGUAUACAGCCUUAAUUAGCCAUGGAUGACGACUUCGAGUUCCCGGCAGCGAGCGAUGCGAACAUGGACGAGGAAAUGGACAUUCCGGAGGAUGUCCCAAGCGGCCAGAUUCUCAAGGUGGGUGAGGAGAAGGAGAUUGGGAAGGCGGGGCUGAAGAAGAAGCUGGUCAAGGAGGGUGAAGGCUGGGAGACUCCUAUCACAGGGGACGAAGUUGAAGUUCAUUAUACAGGGACGUUGCUUGAUGGAACUCAGUUCGACUCGAGCCGUGAUAGGGGGAUCCCAUUCAAGUUCAAGCUUGGCCAAGGACAAGUGAUCAAGGGAUGGGAUGAAGGUAUCAAAACCAUGAAGAAGGGUGAAAAAGCUAUUUUCACCAUUCCUUCUGAGUUGGCCUACGGCGAGUCUGGAUCCCCUCCAACUAUCCCACCCAAUGCUACUCUUCAGUUUGAUGUGGAGUUGCUGUCUUGGACUAGCGUCAGGGACAUAUGCAAAGAUGGGGGUAUUUUCAAGAAAAUACUUGCUGAAGGGGAGAAAUGGGAGUACCCAAAAAACUUGGAUGAAGUUUUUGUUAAGUAUGAAGCUCGGCUUGAAGAUGGAACACUCAUUUCGAAAUCUGAUGGGGUGGAGUUCACUGUUGGAGAUGGCUAUUUCUGCCCUGCCCUGGCAAAAGCUGUGAAAACAAUGAAGAAAGGAGAGAAAGCUCUCUUGACAGUGAAGCCACAAUAUGCAUUUGGGGAGAUGGGUCGACCAGCAUCUGGUGAAGAAGUUGCUGUGCCUCCAAAUGCCACGCUCCAGAUAACUCUUGAGUUGAUCUCUUGGAAGGCUGUUUCUGAUAUUACCAAAGACAAGAAAAUUUUGAAGAAGACCUUGAAGGAGGGAGAGGGAUAUGAGCGCCCAAAUGAUGGGGCAGUUGUUCAAGUGAAACUAAUUGGCAAGUUGCACGAUGGGGCUAUCUUCACAAAGAAGGGUUAUGAUGAGGAGCCAUUCGAAUUCAAAAUCGAUGAAGAACAAGUUAUUGAUGGUCUUGAUAGAGCUUUGAAAAACAUGAAGAAGGGAGAAGUUGCUCUGGUGACUAUUCAACCAGACUACGCUUUUGGACCAUCUGAAACACAGCAAGAAUUGGCAAUUGUUCCUGCCAAUUCAACUGUACAUUAUGAAGUUGAGUUGCUCUCCUUUGUGAAGGAGAAGGAAUCUUGGGAGAUGAACACGCAGGAGAAGAUUGAAGCAGCUGGAAAGAAGAAGGAAGAAGGGAAUUCAUUGUUCAAGGCUGGUAGAUAUGAAAGAGCGUCAAAGAGAUAUGAAACGGCUGUAAGGUUCAUCGAGCGUGACACUCCUUUCAGUGAUGAGGAGAAGCAGCAGGCGAUGGUGCUUAAAACUACCUGCAAUCUUAACAAUGCAGCCUGCAAACUGAAACUCAAAGAGUACAAGCAGGCUGAGAAGCUUUGUACAAAGGUUUUAGAACAUGACAGUAGAAAUGUGAAAGCUCUGUACAGGAGGGCGCAAGCAUACAUGCAACUUGUUGACUUAGAUUUGGCAGAGCUGGAUAUCAAGAAGGCUCUUGAGAUAGACCCAAAUAACAGGGAUGUAAAACUGGAAUACAAAACUUUGAAGGAGAAAGUGAGAGAGUAUAACAAGAAGGAUGCCCAGUUUUAUGGCAGCAUAUUUGCAAAGAUGAACAAAUAUGAGCAAGCAAGAUCAUCGAAUGCAGCAGCAAAGCAGGAGGCAGCACCAAUGGCCAUUGACGGCAAGGCAUGAAGCCCUUCAUCUCUCUCUCUCUCUCACCAGAACCAAAUAAUAAUCGAGGCUUGUGAUUAAGAUUUGUAUCAGUUGAGAGUGAAAAAUAAAGAAAUCUAAUGCUUUUGACUCCAAUCGCCAGCUAGAGUA